UCUCGCGCUCAGGUCACGUGCUGCUGUGUGUUGACUGCAGGGAGCUCGGAGGCUAACGGCAGAGCGAGCUGUCCUCCGAGGACAAAACGAGCCGAAAGACAAACCCCGACGGAGACAGCGCGCAGGCAGGUGGAGGUAUGAGUUGACCACCACGAGGCCGGUAACAUUCACAGGGCAAUCAGGUGUGAAUUGGAGCAACAGGAUGCCCGUCCCCCCCGCCCCACCUCGGGGACCCCCAGCCCCCCCCACCUUCAGCCAGGCCAACACCACGCCCCCAAAAGCUGAGCCAGAAGGAAUAGGACGGCGGCGGUGCCCUGCUGAGGAUAGCCCAAAGGAGGUGGAGCAGCAGGAAGCCAACGCGUCUUCUGGACAGUCUCCCUCCAGUCGCGUGGCAGCCGCCCGUCAUCGCCAUGAAGACCCAGAAAGCCCCUCCAUCCAGACCCUGUUGCCCACGGAGACGAGUUGCUCCGAUUGUCCCUCGCUGUCCAAACUGUCUUCUGCAGCUUCCUCCCCAUCCACCAGCACGACGCACUCCUCCCCCGGCCCCCCUCCUCCUCCUCCACCUCCUCCUCCUAACUUCAUACCGUACCUCCGGGAGGGGAAAACACCCGCCUGCUCCUCUUUGGCCCCGCCCCCCCCACCGUAUCGCAUCACUAAUGGCCCAACAGGUGGCGUUGCGGCAGCGGAUCUGCCCCAGCGACACAACUCCCUGGGCAACAAGAGGCCUGCCCCCUCCCCCGGAGGCCACACCCCAACUCGAGGCCCCGCCCCCCCUCCUCCCCCGGCCUCCCCCACUCCCUCCCACCAGGCCGCCAACAGGCCACCGCCCCCUGUCAGAGAGACGCCGUGUAGAGGAGCAGCGCCUCCUGUGCCCGUCCAGGCCUCGUCUUUCAGACCGGGUGGCCGAGACGCUCCGCCUCCCUACAGGAGUCAUGGUAGCCCUUCUCUCUGCUCUGACCCCCCAGCCAGAGGAAAACCUCCUCCCCCGCCCACCCGUACCCCCGCCGGCCCUCCCCCCCCUCCGCCUCCUCUCCGUAACGGACACUCCUCCGUCCCUCGCUCAUUUGUCGAUGACUUUGAGUCAAAGUAUUCAUUCCAUCCUCUGGACGACUUCCCUCCUCCAGACGAGUACCGUCACUUCGCCAAGAUCUACCCCAGCAAGGCCCACCGAGUGAUGAGAGGAGCUCCGCCUCUGCCUCCGGUUGGGAGGUGAACUAUGACACAACCUCACAGCUGGGACACACACAAGCUCCAUCACAUCUGAUAGGACGCGGUUUUAUAAGGAGAAACUUCUCCGAGAUCAAAGACCCGUUUAGCCGCCAUGACGUCCUGUACGAGCGCAUUAGAUGCUGAGGACAAGGAGUCAUUUAUUUACAAGAUUUCCCCGUUACGUGAUGAACACCACACGCUGCAGCCGAGC